CGUGUUCGUUCUCUUUCCGCCAUCUUGAAUCGUGUGAACGGCAAAGUUUUGUGGUUCACCUCUAUUCGAACGAAUAAGUCGACCACUGUAAAACAUGUCUAUCUACAAAGAAAAGGGAGCCGUUCCUGAAGAGGAAGUUCAGAUACAUCGUAUUCGAAUUACACUCACCAGCCGUAAUGUGAAGAGCCUCGAAAAGGUAUGUGCUGAUUUGAUCCGUGGGGCCAAGGAAAAGAAGCUUAAAGUCAAGGGGCCUGUCCGUAUGCCUACUAAGUACCUUAAGAUCACCACAAGAAAGACCCCAUGUGGUGAAGGCUCCAAAACCUGGGACAGGUUCGAAAUGAGGAUCCACAAGCGUCUUAUUGAUCUCCACAGUCCAUCGGAGAUUGUUAAGCAAAUUACAUCCAUCAGCAUUGAACCUGGUGUAGAGGUGGAAGUUACCAUUGCUGAUGCAUAAGCACUAAAUCCACAUUUGAAAUGAAUGAAUAAAAGUGCUAAAAGUA